GCGUCCAUCUAGCUCUUCUUUCUCGCUCUUUCUAUCUUUUAAGUUUUAUCUCAAGAAGCCCACCAACAUCAAUCAACAAGUUUCAAAAGAAUAAGGUUUCAUUGCAAUAAAAAAAGUGAAAAUUUACAAUUCAUCUUAAAUUCUUUGUCAUCUCUUACUUUUCAAUGAAACCUUAUUGAAGAAAGAGAGAGACAAAAAAGAAAAAUUCACCGUUUUCCAGGUCAACAACAUUGUCUAUUCAUGCACAGCCGACGUUCCUUUUGAGCUUCAUUUGAUUGGAUCUAGUCAAAAUCUAACACCCUUUUGUUUUUCUUACCAAAUCUCCUUCACAUUUUGGAUUCUCUACGUAUGUCACAGGUCCUAAAUAAGGCUCGUUUCUGUAAAUUCUUUGUGGGUUUCGCUGUUUAUGUUAUUUGAUUCUAGUUUUUGGCCUGUUUGAGGAGAUAUAUUCUGAGUCUUGUUUGGUGAAUUGAGUUUUGAUUCCAAGUUUGAAUUUUUAGGCAAAAACUUUAUCUGGGUUUUUGAGAAUUAGUAUCUAGAUUUUGGUGGUUGGGUUGUGUCAAGAGGCUUGUCUUGAUAAAAGUUGAAUUCAGUCAAAAGCUUGAAGCUUCUUGGGUUGGUUUUGUGUUAUGAAGGUGUUGUAAGGGUUUUGAUCCUUCUACCAGGGGUUUAACUAUUGAUGAAAUGAGAAGGAUAUUUCAUGCUUACAAGGAUGAAUCAACAACUAGUGGUUCAUAUGAAGUCAAGUUGUUUCAGUUUCUUGGUGAUUCUGCUAUGUGCAACGGUGGUGGUGAGCUUGGAUUACAGAGGAAGGACAGAGGAAGUGUUUUUGAGGCAAUUAGUUAAUCCAGCAACUGGAGAUGUUGAUAAGGACACGGCAGAGCUACUAUGCAUCAUUUGCAAAGUAGAUUUGAUUCGUCUGAAGGAAGCUGGUGGAAAUCCUAACUUCUUUUUACCAGAGGAAACAUUUAGUGGGGCCGAUGAACUUAGCUCAAAGGGCUGGUCAGUGGCAAAAGAAAACAGUCAGAGAUUGAUUAAAGUCCUGCAUCCCCAGUUAAAGGAAACUCUUUUAGAUUGUAUAAGAAAGAACAGUUUUCUGUUCCAUGUUUCUGGAGAUGAAGGUGGCGCAGAUAUUUAUCACUCAACUUCUCUAAAUUCAUUAUUUCAUAGGCAUGCUGGUGCAAGAAGGAAUUUGCUUCAGAGCAUUGCAGAGGCUCCAGCCCCAGCGCCUGCUGUUGGAUCCCUGAUUCCUAGCCCUGCACCAGCUCCAGAUCUGGCUCUUUCUCCGGUUUCCACUCCAAACCCUGCCCCUUCACCGCAGGAGCUAUUUUUUCCUCGACUAUCACCGCCUCCUCUCAGUCUCAGCGAAAACUCUUCUGGAGGUCUAACUUCUGGUCCAAGUGUUGAGCCAGAUAAUGGAAAAAAUAACAAUAAAACAGUUCUCAUUGCAGUACUUGUGACUGCUGCAGUGACAUUUGUUCUUGCAGCAUUGUUCUUCUUGUUCUGUACUGCGGUUUGUAGGAGAGGAUCUGGUGCGGGACGAAAUGAUGAAAGGCCCCUUCUUAGCAUAAGCUUAAGUGACUAUUCUGUUGGUUCCACACAUAAAACUUUUGGUUUAGGAAAUUCUAUCAAAGAAGAAAAGCUCGGUCAUCAAUCUUUUGGUAAUAUAUCAAACCAUGAGAAAAGGGGAUCAUCUUUCGAGAGCAAUUUUUAUAACUCUGAUGCUCAGAAUGUAUCGUUAGAUGAAAGGCUGUCGUUAGGAGUUGUUAGUGGUGCUGCCAAAUUCUCUACUGACAACAAGAUGAACAUACUUGUACCACCUCCACCAGGAAGGACAGGCAGCAACCCUUUUCUGAAGCCUCCCCCUGGAAGGGCAGAACCGCUUCCCCAUGAACCCCCUGCUAAUCUCAGGCCUCCUCCCAGUAGGGCUGGUCCUACUCCUUCCCCUCCCCCUCCCCCUCCCCCUCCUGCACCACCUGCCCCUGCAAAAUCAUCCAGUAGUGUGCCCCUUCCUCCCCGUGGUUCACCUCCUCCACCACCUAUUGCUCCGGGAGUGAAACCUGGUCCACGCCCUCCACCACCUCCAACUGGAGGUUCCGCUCCUCGACCACCACCACCAAUGCCCCCAGGUCCAAAGGCUCCUCGACCCCCUCUUGGAUCAAAGCGUCCUUCCAAUAGUGCAUCUAGUGAAGGAGCUGGUUUGGGGGAUGAUGCUGAUGCUGAUGCUCCUAAAACCAAACUAAAGCCAUUUUUCUGGGAUAAAGUUCUAGCCAACCCUGAUCAUUCAAUGGUUUGGCAUCAGAUUAAAUCAGGAUCAUUCCAGUUCAAUGAGGAAAUGAUAGAAACCCUAUUUGGAUAUGCACCUGAUAAAAACAAAAAUGAACACAAGAAAGAGUCUUCUUCUCAAGAUCCUUCACCCCAGUAUAUUCAAAUACUUGAUCCGAAAAAGGCACAAAAUUUGUCUAUUCUUUUGCGGGCACUGAAUGUGACAAUAGAGGAAGUCUGUGACGCACUUCGUGAAGGAAAUGAGCUUCCUGUAGAGCUUCUUCAAAAUUUGUUGAGGAUGGCACCCACAGCAGAUGAAGAACUGAAGCUUAGGCUCUACAGUGGUGAACUUUCUCAACUUGGGCCUGCUGAGAGGUUCCUAAAAGCAUUGGUUGACAUACCAUUUGCUUUUAAACGACUGGAAGCCCUGCUUUUCAUGUGCAUUCUACAGGAAGAGGUUGCUACCACUAAAGAGUCUUUUGAAACCUUAGAGGUUGCUUGCAAGGAACUCAGAAAUAGUCGGUUGUUCCUCAAGCUUCUAGAAGCUGUUCUUAAAACAGGCAACCGAAUGAAUGAUGGUACAUUUCGUGGCGGUGCACAAGCAUUCAAGCUUGACACACUUUUGAAAUUAUCUGAUGUAAAGGGAAUAGAUGGGAAGACUACUCUCUUACACUUUGUUGUUCAGGAGAUAAUUCGCUCAGAAGGUGUGAGAGCUGCUCGUGCUGGACGAGAGAGCCGGAGCAUCUCCAGUGUCAGUGUAAAAACAGACGAUCUCCUUGAGGACAUUUCCCCUGAUACAGAAGAUAACUAUAGCAGUCUUGGUCUUCAGGUUGUUUCUCAAUUGAGCAGUGAACUAGAAAAUGUCAAAAGAGCAGCGGUUGUGGAUGCUGACAGCUUAACAGGAUCCGUGGCUAAACUUGGGCAGUCAGUGGUAGUAACCAGAAAUUUCCUGAAUAAAGACAUGAAGAAUUUAGAGGAAAAUAGUGGAUUCCAUGAAACAUUAAAAAGUUUUGUGCAGAAUGCUGAGGUUGAUAUCAUGUCCCUUCUGGAAGAAGAAAAAAGAAUUGUGGCUCUGGUGAAGAGCACUGGUGAUUAUUUCUAUGGGAAUGCCGGGAAAGAUGAGGGUUUACGAUUAUUCAUCGUUGUACGAGACUUCUUAAUAAUAUUAGAUAAGGUAUGCAAAGAGGUGGGAGAGGCACAAAAGAGGUCAGCAAAAACACGGAAAAAAGAGGCGUCAACUUCAUCAACUGCAUCAUCUCCCUCUCAUAAGCACCAGCAACCCUCGCCUGAUAUUCGACAGCGGCUAUUUCCAGCAAUUGCAGAGCGACGAAUGGGAGAUUCUAGUUCCAGUUCAGAUGACGAGGGUUAAUCUGAAAGAGGUUGCUGAUAUCAUGGGAGUGUAAAUUACCCUUCAAGUCAUUUGGUGGUGGUAUCCACAUUUGGAGGGAAUCGUGGGGAAUUGCACGAAAGCUGCCAAAUUGCGUUCACACAUGGAGACCAAAUUGCAAUUUCAGCAGAUGGAUUAAUGGAGCUGAAAACAGAUAGUAAAUUAAGCCAGCAAUUUCAGUCGGGGCUCAGUGGAUUCACGUUUCAAAAUCCCUUAAAUGAAUUAACUUGUGCGUUGGUAGCAGUUAGGUGUAUUGAUGUUUGUUCUUCUUCCAUUCGAAAUUCUUUGUUCAAACAAGAUUGAUUCUUUUUGUAGAAUUUGGAUGUCAAUAGUGGAGCAAUUAGAUUGGAAAUUACAAUCGCAUAAAAA